AUGAUUUUCUGUAGUAUAUAAGUUAAAGAAAUAAAUUUAAAAAUAACGUCUUAGGCAGAGGAUUAUAUUUACUUAAGCUAAUGCGUGAGUAGUUUUUUUAUAAAUAAAAGAAUUGAGAACGAAGAGUUUUUAACAUCAAGUGAAUUGCUGGCGAGUUAUGAAUUUCAUAAAAUCAAAGAUGAAUAAUCAUAAAUGAUGAGAAUUGGAGAUUAUAUUAUAGUUUUAGAUUCUAAUUUUAGAUUUCUUAAAUUACAAAUAAAGUAUGAUUAGACAACUAUGUCUAAACAUGAUUAAUUUUAGAUAAUAAGUGGAGGUUCAUACGAGCUAAAAAUGUUAAAAAGCAACUUUAACAAUUAAAAUAACCUUUUGGAAUAAAGUUUUAUAAAAAAUAAAGCAAAACUUCAAAUGAUAGAUUCGCUAAACAGUAGCUUUGUUUUCAUUUUAAGUGGGAAGAAAAUCUACAAAGUAAACUUAGACAAUCCUAUUUAAAGUAUUUCUUAAAACAAUCACUUGUAUUACUUUUAAGAUAAAGAGUAUAUUGAUGAUGUUGUUUAUUACUAAUUUGAUAAUCAAUAAUAAUAAACAUAAGCUUAUUUUCUUAUAGCUUCACAGGGAAGCAUUUAUAUUUAUGAAUUUGAUUUGAAUAAUUUCUAAUUAAGAUUCCUACAAUAGUUGAAGGGGUUAAAGAAUGAUUAAUUAUAAAUAAGCAUGAUGUAUAUAUAUAAAGAUAUUUUACUUCUAGUUGACUAGAGAAAUGGGCUUUUUUUUUAUGGUCUACCAAAUAACAGUAAUAGGAAAGAUUUUUAAAGAUUGUCUAUGUAUAUUGAAGCUUCAGAUGUAAUUGAUAUAUUUAUUUCAGAAUAAACUAUUAUAGUUGUUGAGAGCGAAGAAUCUAAUUCAGUUAGAGUCAUCAUAACAGAAUACUUUUAUAACAUUGAAAAUUUCAGAGUAUUUGAGGUUAAGGAAAUAGCUGAAAGAUAUGCUAAUUAUUAAAAUGGAUUUCUCACUUCUUCAAAUUUUUAUUUUAUUUCUAACUUUGCUAUUCAUUAUAUAACUCUAUUCUAAAAUUUUUCUUAAAGCUCAAAAGCUACUUCCUCCGUUUUUGAUUUCAAUGACUUUUUUUUUUCCCAAGAUAAAAUUUUAACUAAUUCUGAGAGCGUUAGGAUUCAUAACUUUUUAAUCAUUGAAAAUUAUAAAAACGUCUCAUAACCUUUGCUUGUUGGUUUAGAAAGUAAAAAAAUACAUUUAUUUGCUUUGGAAUACUCCGCCCCGUCUGUGGAAAUAAAAUUUAAUUAUUAAUAAGAGGAUGAUAAAUAAGAAGAUUAAUUAGAUAAUAAUGAAGUUUCUUCAAAUUUAGAUACUCCGAAUCAGGAAAAUGAGAAUGGCAUUGAAGUUUAAAAAAAUAAAUAAAAAGGAUUAAAAUAAAUAACAGCAUCUUGUGCUGUUUACGAUUGCUCUUAAUACGAAAAACAGAUUUAGACUCAAUUAUAAAAUGGAAUGCUUAGCAAAGAGUAAAUUUUUACUUCUAUAUAAAAUUAUAAUGAGCAUGAAAUAUUAGUUUUUAAAGACUUCUGCUUGAUUACUAUAUAGAUCGAUUUCUCUUUGCAAGAAAAGUAGAGUUGGAUUUUAGGGUUAUUGGGAAAUAGCUUUUUGUUAUAUGGUCUGCUGAGUUCAUUUUUAUCAGUGCCGUUUUCAUAUUUACUUGUAAAAUACUUGUUUUAAUUAAAGUUAAAGUGUAAAGUAAUAGACAUAAAAAAUUGCCCCGAAUCUAAAUACCAAUAGUACAAAAAAAAUACUCUGACAAAAUAAGAAAAUAAUAAAGUCUACAAAUUUAAAAGGGAGAAAAUUCAGAAUUCUCCAUAAAAAUUAAGUGAAAAAAAUUAAUCAGAAAAGUAUGAUAUAUUAGAAAAUGAGUAAAUAGCACCAAAUUAACUAAAUUCUAAAACAAGAACUAAAAAGUAAGGAAUUUAAAGUUAAUUUUAUCAAUCAUCGAUUGGAUAAAAACAAACUCACAAUUAUAGUGCAUCGGAUUAUCAUAAAAAAGAUAUUAAUUUGGGCUAAAUAAAUUUUCUUAAAGAAAAAGUAAAGCUGUCAGAGAAAGAAAAAUUAAAUAAAAUUAAAGAAUAAUCUAAUUAGAAUGGGUAGAAAUCAACCGCAUAAUAAAAUCACCUUUUUUAAAAAACUAUCAAAGAAAAAUAAAAAUCUUCUGCUGAUUAGAAUAUUGCAUAGGAAAAUAACAAAUAAUUAGGUUCGUAGAUAAUGAUUACAGAAAAUAUCAAAACAGAAACUGAUGAAUUAUAAUACUUUAAAGUCACUAAACUAACUCAUGAUGACUGA